AUGGCCAACACCACCGGAGAGCCUGAAGAGGUGAGCGGCACACUGUCCCUGCCAUCAGCAUCGGCUUACGUGAAGCUGGUGCUGCUGGGACUGAUCAUGUGUGUAAGCCUGGCAGGCAAUGCCAUCUUGUCCCUGCUGGUGCUCAAGGAGCGUGCCUUGCACAAGGCUCCUUACUACUUUCUGCUGGACCUGUGCCUAGCUGAUGGCAUACGCUCUGCCAUCUGCUUCCCCUUUGUACUGGCUUCUGUGCGCCAUGGCUCCUCAUGGACCUUCAGUGCACUCAGUUGUAAGAUUGUGGCCUUCAUGGCUGUGCUCUUUUGCUUCCAUGCGGCCUUCAUGCUGUUCUGCAUCAGCAUCACCCGCUACAUGGCCAUCGCCCACCACCGCUUCUAUGCCAAGCGCAUGACACUCUGGACAUGCGCAGCUGUCAUCUGCAUGGCCUGGACCUUGUCUGUGGCCAUGGCUUUCCCACCUGUCUUUGAUGUGGGCACCUACAAGUUUAUCCGAGAGGAAGACCAGUGCAUCUUUGAGCAUCGCUACUUCAAAGCAAAUGACACACUGGGCUUUAUGCUUAUGUUGGCCGUGCUCAUGGCAGCCACACAUGCUGUCUAUGGCAAGCUGCUACUCUUCGAGUAUCGUCACCGCAAGAUGAAGCCAGUGCAGAUGGUGCCAGCCAUCAGCCAAAACUGGACAUUCCAUGGCCCUGGGGCUACUGGCCAGGCUGCUGCCAACUGGAUCGCUGGCUUUGGCCGUGGGCCCAUGCCACCAACUCUGCUGGGUAUCCGGCAGAAUGGGCAUGCAGCUAGCCGGCGGCUACUGGGCAUGGACGAGGUCAAGGGUGAAAAGCAGUUGGGCCGAAUGUUCUACGCGAUUACACUGCUCUUUCUGCUCCUCUGGUCGCCAUACAUCGUGGCCUGCUACUGGCGAGUGUUUGUGAAAGCCUGCACUGUGCCCCACCGCUACCUGGCCACUGCUGUUUGGAUGAGCUUCGCCCAGGCUGCCGUCAACCCAAUUGUCUGCUUCCUGCUUAACAAGGACCUCAAGAAGUGCCUGAGGACUCAUGCCCCUUGCUGGGGCACAGGAGGUGCCCCAGCUCCCAGGGAACCCUACUGUGUCAUGUGA